AUGGUCGGUUCAACGUCCAUUUCCAUGUACGUCCCUCAUGGGAUUGGGCAAGUUUUGGAUUCCAUUUCUGAUCAAAGCUCUUCGAGCAAUGUUAUUCCUCUUCUCACCACAAUGUCUGCAGUUUUUGUUGCAGGAACAGGCAUUAACUUUGGAAGAAUUGCAAUUUUCAAAUGGGCCAACGAGAAAAUAGUCAACAAUAGGUUCGCUUCUGACGCUCCCAUUGCAGGGAAGGCAAUCACGUCAAACCUGUCCGAUGCAAUUAAAAAUGUAGGGCAGGGCAUCGUUGGCACUGUAAUGAUGUAUGGGAUCAGUGCAAAAUUGUGCGCAUGUCUGAUUGGAAUCCUUCCGCCAAUAGCAAUUCUGGGAAUCUUUUUUGGAAAAAUUGUCAAAAAAAUAUCCUUCCAAUCGCAAGAAUCGCUUUCUGCAUGCCUUUCUUUUGCAGAGGAGCGCUUUUCGAGCAUCAAGACCGUAAAAAUCUUUGGCCGCGAAAAGGAGGAAUCUUCCGCUUUCAGCAAGAAAAUCGAAUCUAUACUUGCCCUUGCUCGAAAGGAAAGUAUUGCUGCCGGGUCAAUGUACGCAAUGACUGGCGCGCUGGCAAAUGCGUCUUUGAUAUUUUUACUAUCACUCUCUAGCUCUAUGAUACUUGCAAAUGAGAUAACCAUAGGCGCUCUCACUUCAUUUUUGAUGUAUACCGCGUACGUUGGAGGCUCCGUAUCUCGUAAUAAUCGGCCUUUCAUUAAAUUACUAGGUCUUUCUAAUGUUUUUUCGGAAUUUCUUAAAGGAUACGGUGCAUUUGAACGCAUAGCGCCUUUGCUGGGCCCCAUUUUGAGGGAACCCCGUGCUCGCGAGCUCGAGUCGCCCAUUUUACGGGGACAUGUUUCAUUUGAAAAUGUAAAGUUUACCUAUUUUGGCAAAGAGGGCGAGUAUAUCCUCGAUGGGUUCACUGCACCACAGCUUGCUUGUCCAGGAAAAAUCACCGUCUUGGUAGGUCCAAGUGGAAAGGGGAAGUCCACGCUUAUUUCUCUCUUACUGCGAUUGUAUCCCGUGUCAUCUGGAAAAAUUAUGAUUGACAACACACAUAAUUUGGAAUCGAUCGACUUAAAUUGGCUGAAGGAAAAAGUUGCGGUCGUGCCACAAGAUCCCCAGUUGUUCCAAGAGAGCAUCGCCAACAACAUUGCCUAUGGGAAGAUAGGUGCCUCGGAUCAGGAAAUAAUGGAAGCAGCCAAACUCGCAAAUGCUCAUGGGUUCAUUGAAAAUCUUCYCAAUCGAUAUGACACAGUGAUAGGAGAGCGGGGAUGUACCCUUUCCGGAGGCCAAAGGCAGCGAAUAGCAUUAACCAGGGCUUUGAUCAAAAAUGCUUCUAUCUUGAUUUUAGAUGAGCCUACUUCUGCCCUAGACACCGAGAAUGAGUCUUUGAUUCACAAAAUGCUCCAACGGCUUGCUGCAGACGGAAUUUCCAUCGUCAUUAUUACACACAAAGAAGCCACAGCUGCAAUUGCAGAUUUGAAGAUCGAAUUAAUUUAA